AUGGUUGGGUAUAAGUAUGAGUUCAACAAUCGAUCCAAAGUUGUUGAAACAUUGAACUCACCUUCUGAUGAAAAUAAUGAAUGGUCUCAUAUGAAUCCAGCUAUGUCUUACGAUGAGAAACAGAAUGUUCCAAAACAUGCUGCUCGUAGUUCUUUGUAUAAAGUAAAUGAAAAUAAGAAUACUUCUGGAAUUCCAUUUACAAAUGACAAUAACAGACGAGUUGACAAUACUCAUAUUCCAUAUGAACCACCAACAUAUUGUCGAGCACAUAUUACAUCUGAAAAUAUGGAUAUGGAAUGUCAAUAUAAAGAGGGUCAUUUAGACAGGAAUUAUAUACACACCAGUUGGAAUUGUUUUGUGAAUACUUCACAAAUUCAAUACUUGCCCAUACCGGAAGCAAAAAUGGAACAAAUAUCUGAAAAAGCUCAUCAAAAAAUACAUCGUGGUCUACGUGAAGCAUGUUUAGCUAUAGGGAUUGUAUUUUCAACAAUAUGUUUAUUUUGUAUUGAAUUAUUACGUAUGAUCACAUUAACUUUAUUGAAACCAUUUUUACAAUAUUUACGUUUUUUAUUACAUAUUAUUAUUAAUUGUUUUUGUGAUAUCAGUUAUAUAUGUAGUGCACAUUGGGAAAGGUUUAUUUAUCCAAUCAUUAGUUCAUGGGCUACAUAUUCACAAGAUGUAAUUGUUCCUGUAAUACGUGAAUUUCGUCCAAUUCAAAUUAAUAUACAAUCAAAACCAAUAGCAAAUCAUACAAUACAACAAUGUUAAUUGAAUAUUAAUAAUAAUAAUAAUAAUAAUA